UUAUGCCGACGCGCGAAAAACGAAAGCGCGUGCAAAAUUUAUAUUUGGCGUAGAGUAAACUCAACACUUUAUAACUCCUCUACCCUCUUCACUUUCUUUCUCAUACAUUACAACAGUUGGCGCAAAUGACCUUUGCGUUGGCGUCUUCUAGUCCACGUAGCCGCCAUGACCCUUUACCAUAUACCCCAACUAAGCAACACACACCUACUCAACAAAAACGUCCAGCGGAUGACGACCUGACUUCGCCCACCCAUCGUCUUAACAAGCGCCCGAGCCUAGACAGCACGUCUCAUACACCCUUGCGAGAAAAACACGCUAAUCAAGUUUACAAUACUCGCCGAACUUCAUCCAAACUAUUCAUGGUUCCAAAUUCUUCUCCUUCCGGUAAUCAUUCACCUGAUCGCGCAGAAGAUGUCAAACGAGUGUUACCUUUACAACGUGCAUUUGAACCGUCAACCAUUCCCACACGUAGAAAGGUGAAACGUCACCCUGACAUUCGAAGAAUUAUGCUUCCUGAUACACCCUGGAAAAAACCUUCCACUCUGGAAUCGUUUGCCCACUUAUCCAACGCCUACCAUACACCUAUUCGACACACAAGCAGACUGGAUGCAAAUCUUAUCGUCACUUCGGACGACGAGGAGCUAGAGAAUGAAGAGUCGAAUAUACUUAAAUUGGAGCAGCUAGGACAAGACGAAGAGGAGGAGGAAGAGGAUAUGGUGUUCACUCAACCAUUCGCACUUGCCCUACGGGAUAGUUCCGAUGACCGUCCGGUGCAGUCGACGCGACGCUCCUUACUUAACGAACUACUAAGUAGCAGCGGUAUCUCCCAACCAAGCUCAGAACUCGAUCCAGGUUACGAGGAUCAGGAUAUAGGUGAUUACGAUGAGCAAGUUGAAGACGAUGAUACGGACGACGAAGAAAAUGGUGUCUUUGGCGUGGAAUGGCCCAAAGAUCGCCAUCCGCUAUCAGAACUAGACGGCGAAGAGGAGCAUCCUGUAUCAAGCCUUUCAAAUUUACGCUCUAGCCCACCACCACAAGUUCUACGCGACAGCAUAUGGACAAGCAAUGGAGGAUUAUCAUCAUUUACAAAUGACGUUGAAGGAGGGGACGAUGUGGACGAGGUCGAUGCGUUCUUCUCGAGCAAUUUACCGCAAGAUGACAAGCCAUACGAUGUUAGUUUAGUUUCAAGUAGCUUUGCCACCGCCUGGCCGCACUUUCUGACCCGCGAGUACUUUGACGAUUGCCAAAGGAAUGAAGCAAAUUGGAUUUUGCCAGAUACGCCAAAAGACGGCCGCAUGAAUGCAUCACCUUAUUUUGAGUCAAAUUUCCAUAUUCUUAGCAAGAUUGGAACGGGCGAAUUCGCUGAGGUUUGGAAUGUCCGGGACAUGCGAACUGAAGAAAAGUAUGCUAUAAAGAAGACAAAGCAGCCAUUCCUUGGCAACAGCGAUCGUCGAAGACAUAUUGAAGAAGUCAACCACAUGUGGAAACUAAAAGACAGUCAACAUUGUGUCGAGCUCGUCAACGCUUGGGAACAAGAAGGGUUUCUCUUCAUACAGAUGGAGCUAUGCAAUGGUGGCAGUUUGGAGGGCUACCUUGGCUUUGAGGAACCAGACGAUCUUUCAGAAGAUAGGAUAUGGCGAAUCGGAUAUGACAUUGCUAUGGGGUUACAAGACAUACAUCAAGCAAAUCUCAUCCAUCUGGAUAUCAAGCCUGCCAACAUCUUGCUAGAUGACCUUGGUUCGUUGAAAAUAGGAGACUUUGGCUUAUCAACGGGGUGGCCAGUGCAGAGCAAAGGCUACAGUGAAGAAGGCGAUCGUCGAUAUAUGGCGCCAGAACUUUUGCAAGAUCAUUUUGAUAAGCCGGCUGAUAUCUUUAGCUUAGGGCUCAUAUUACUCGAAAUGGCUGCCAACAUCAUUCUUCCAGAAAACGGCCAAGGAUGGCAAAUGCUAAGAGCAGGCGAUUUCUCCAAUUGCCAUGAACUUUCCAACGUUUCCAGUGAACUCCAGCUUCUCAUCUCCAAGAUGCUUCAUCCUAACCAUGACGAACGAUUCACUGUCGAACAGGUGCUGGACCAUCCCAAGAUGAAAGAAAUUCACAUGGUACAGCGAAAUGCCGAAGUCGGAGUUCUAUAUCAGCAUAUUCAGCGCUUGGAGACUAUGGCAGCUGUAGCACUUGGCAAACGAACGCAUGAGCACCUUCACGACGAAUCUUCAUUUUGCACUCCUGUUGAUGAACGAGAUAAUUGGGACGAUGAACUAUAAUCAGGAGAAAGGAUUACUAUUUCAUCUUUACCCCUCGUCUCAUAUUUAAAAAAGAAACUGUACAUAAAAACUUUGACUUGCCAGCUGUAAAUAACUCUUUUUA